CUUUAUUUACUUAAUGGUGUUGACAUUUAAUAUCUGCACUUUUAUUUUGAAAUUACUCUGGCUCAACCAAUCAGAUUUCAGGUUUAUGUAACCGGAAGCGAUGUUAUGAAAACAAACGCUCUGCGAGCCAAACAUAUCCAAACGCGUGAAAAUACAGAGGCAGUGUUGACCACCUUCACACCAGUCAUGCUGAAAGCUGUCGGACAAGCUCUGUUCUCAUCUGGACUGCAGAAUCCCAAAUUCACGGCAGAGGAGAAGAAGGGACAAGACUACGAGAUCCGCACCUACCAUGAAACAAAGUGGGUGAGCACCACUUUGAGUGGGAUGCAGUGGGAUGCAGCCAUGAAUUCUGGUUUUCGCAGGCUUUUCAGCUACAUUCAAGGCAACAAUCACAACAAGGUGAAAGUGGAGAUGACGGCCCCUGUGUCCUGCCGCGUGGACCCUGGAGCCGGCCCUGCCUGCGAAUCUCAGUUCACCAUAUCCUUCUACAUCCCAGAGGAGCAUCAGGACAAUCCGCCAGAGCCAAGCGACCCGGAGGUGUUUGUGGAGCAGAGGAAGGAGUUCACAGCUUAUGUCAGGACGUAUGGUGGUUUCUCAAAUGAGAAAAUGAAGCGCGAAGAACUCCUGAAACUUCUGGAAAGCCUUCAGAGAGACGGAGUCCCAUACGUCGACAAACCGUUCUACGCAGCCGGGUACGACAGUCCCUUCAAACUGACCAACCGCAGGAACGAGGUCUGGGUCCUCAAGAAGGAGCAGGCGUCGGAAGAUUAAAGGUCACACAACACUCUGCCCAAAAAAGUUUACAUGACCAUUUGAUAACACUUGAUAAAUUUCAGAGCACAAUUAUCCGUGUCCAGAAAUCACUGGAUGUAACGGAAGCUUUAAAAGUCCAACUAAUGACCAACAUUUGUCUGUUUUAUUAUUAUUAUUUUUUAUUUCCUUUGACCGAAAUUUACUGAAUUACAGACUCGCUGAGAGUCUUGAUAAAGAGACCAAACAAAUGAUUGCAAGAGCUGUAAGAGGUCGUUAUUAACAAAGCCAGAGGAAAAAGUGGAUGCAGGGGCACAUUGUCACCAGCAGAGGGCGCCAAGUAGUCAGGAAACCUCCUCUCAUUUGGUGUAGUGAUAAAAACCAUGAGUGCCUCUUCAUUUUUCAAUGAGUGAUUUGUUAAAAAUACACUAAUCUUCUGCUUUUGUUUUGUGCGCCUCACCAGUCGGCCUUUAUUCAGUGGUAAAAGUUUUUAAAAAAUAAUAAUAGUUUGAUCAUUUUACAUUUGUUUUUAGCUAAAUCUUAAUAUAACAAGUCUGAGUGCAGAAUGAGGAAAUAAAGGGCGAGUUCGAGUCUGUCUCAAAGCAAUACUUACAUGACUUUAAAAUAUGUGCGUUAAAAGUAUUUUCUGUCCCUGUAACUGUUCCUCCGGCUAAAAUCUGGGACAAAGGUCCCUCUUUAUGGUCAGGAGGAACGUUUCCAGUGAGCAAUGUGCAAAUGGGAAAAUUUGAACCCCGUCCUGUAACUUUGUAGGUGACCUGACAAGUCUGACAGCAGAUGUUUUAUUUUCUCUUGUCAGUCAGUCAGCAGUCGUACUGCGAAGGUGACUCUGCCUGCCUGCAGUAAAAAUCUCAGCCUGUCUGAUCUCAGACCUGUCAUACUGUCAUACCUGCAUCCCCCUGAUGAAGUAAUAACACACUUAUUACUUAUGUUGCCUUCUGUGUGAGCGUUAGAUCUACCAACAUUUUGUUGCUUAGUGUGCUUAGUGUGUGUAGAGUCAACAUAAACUGUGAGCCUUUUAAAAUCAUCUCUUUAAGAUCAUCUCUUUUUACACAUUAAAUAAUAUUAAUUGUAUGCGUAGCUCAUGACGAGGAUCCGUUUUUUUUAAUGCAGCAAAAAGGGAUAUUACGUGGCACUUGAUAAGGAAGUAAUGACACUGCACUGCAUAUGAAUGAUGGGAGAUAUUACUUACCUCCAAAUGUUUAAUAAUCUAAAAAUAAUUAUCUCAUCAAUAAUAAAUAUAACCCGGCAUCAAAA